AUGGCGAAGGGAGGAAAACUCACCAUAAUAAAGUCGGUGUUGAAAAAGAUACAGUCCUUCAAGCUCGGCCACACCCAUUCCAACUCAAUUUCCGUCGGUAAUUUCUCCGACGAGUGCUCAUCCAAGGAUCUCCACGCUGUCUACAUCGGUAAAUUGUGGCGGCGCUACUUCGUGACUUCCGAAGCGGUGGAGAAUAUGCUCUUCCACGAGCUCGCUGAGCGUCGCGGAGAUGAGUUGUCGAUAACCGUCGGAUGUGAAGUGGUUCUAUUCGAGCACCUUCUGUGA